UAUGGGGUUAUCCUAUGGGUUAUCCUGGGAAUAGUUGUCUGCGCCUUGGAAACCUAAAAGCAGCGGUAUAUACAUACCAAUUUUCAAAACUAUUUUAAGGAAAUUAAAUUAAAUAUUUCCUCAAUUAUAAAGAUCUUCGCUAAAAUGUCUUUUAAUGAGAUUUCAAGAGAAAUUAUUCUUUAGGAAUACAUAGUAGCGUACUUCGUAUAAUCUCUGGCAUAUUCUAACUGCUGCGAUAUAGUCGCUUAAAGUGUACAAAAAGUGUUCAAUAAUUGACAGUAAGAAUAGAAAAUAGAAAUUGUUCAACAUAGUUAUUUUUCCUGAAAAUUUGCAAACGACAUUCGUCGUAACAAAGAGUGGAUUAAUUUUGUGGUUUGAGUGCUUUCCGACGAUAACGGAUGGCAUCCGUACAGAGAGAAAGAACUCCUCAAUUCAACAUGCCCAGAAGAUCCCAGCAGCCUGGAGGACAGUUGCCCAAGAACAAGCAUUGCAGAUAUGCUAAUGCAAAUAUCCCCGUGCAAGCAGAACCACAUAAAGAUGAAUCCUUUUCAGCAAGACAAGCAAAAAAUCCUGGCAAAUCAGCAAUUUAUAGGCAUGGUCGAAAGCGAAGAGUGUCAGAAUCACAUGAAGGUCUCCAUCCAGUUGCCAGAAAGAAACGAACUAAAUCAGAGGGAGAACUGCUAAUGACUAAAAGUGUUCGUGCCGGUCCUUUGAGUGAGCUUAAGUCACUGACUGAAGAAAGAAGUCUUGAGAGGCUGACACAUCAAAUUUGGGAUGAUUAUCUUAUUACUAGACAGGUUCCUCAACGCUAUGAGCAAAAGCUUCAUCUCAGAGACUACCUUCUAUCUAUUUUUCGCACAGCAUAUCCAGGUUGUUCUUUACAUAUCUGUGGAUCAACUUGCAGUGGACUAGCAACUAAUGCAAGUGACAUUGAUCUUUGCUUACUUUUAUCUGAGACAAGAGAGAUUGAUCAAAGAUUUGAAGCACGAAGAAUUCUACAUCAACUGAAUUGCAUGCUAAAGCGUUCAGCCUACAUUCAAAAAUGUCGUGUGAUUCAUGCCAAAGUCCCUAUCCUUAAAUUCCGUGAUUCCAAAAGUGGCUGUGAAUGUGAUGUGAACAUCAACAAUACAGUUGGUAUAAAGAACACACAUUUGUUGCAAGGAUACUGUGGCUAUGACUGGAGAGUACCCUCGUUAAUAAUGAUUAUUAAGAAAUGGGCAAAACGUCAUAGGAUAAAUGAUGCGAGUCAAGGAACUUUGUCUAGUUAUUCAUUGGUGAUGAUGGUUCUCCAUUACUUACAAGAACCAUGUCAACCACCUGUUGUUCCCAGUCUUCAAAUGACUUAUCCAGAAAUAUUCAACGGAUCUCGUAACAUACACGAUCUAGCGUUGGAGAAUCCAAGUAUUAGAAUUGCACGCCCUCUCAAAUCUGGCAAUCAAGAGACACUUGGAGAGUUGCUCGUGGGAUUCUUCAGAUACUACGCUGAGCAAUUUCGAUGGGAAAAGGAUGUGAUCAGCGUGCGACAAGGAAAGAAGUACUCCAAAGGAGAUUCUAGAGUUUGGUACAAUAAAUUCAUAUGUAUAGAAGAACCGUUCGACUUGAGUUGCGUGACUCGAGCUGUUCACAAGCAGGAGAAAUUCGACUCAAUAUGUCAGCGCUUUAAAAUCGCCUACUACACUUUGACGGUGUCGCCUUUCUUGGAAAGUAUCAUGUCUGGUUCGUAACGACUUCUAGUUUGUGCUGAACUGAAAUACAACCCUUCAAUAAAGUUGGGCGAAUUGAGAUUGCUCCAAACCUGCAGCACAAACAAGAAAAAAGAUUGUGUCGACUGAAAUUGAUCUAUUCCAACCAAGCAAAGAUUGUAGAGUUAGCUUUGCAUUGUGUCCACCACUGUGUCGAACAUUCACUUAGUAAAAUUAGUUUGCACUUCAUUGGAAAAAGUUAUGAAAAAUCAACAUUUUAUGCGAUUUUCGAUACGUGGCAUUGAAUAAACUAUUAUAAUCGAAGGGAAGGGAGGGUGAGUAAAAUGCUAUAAAAAUUCUCCACGUUGAGUUUUAAAAAUAAUAUAUAUCAAUAUAUCAUAGAUAGAGUAUUUAUAGACUUAUAUUGUGAUAAACUAGUAUAUGAAACAAAAUAAAAGAUUUUGGUGUGUGCUCUUCGCCGUCACUUGAGAUAAA